AAAUCCAAACCCAGAAAAAAUCACCCUUAUUUCCUUGUUCUCUCUCUCUCUCUCUCUCUCUCUCUCUCAUUCAUUUUCCUCAAUUUCUCUCUCUCACACCCUCGUCGGGAUCGCUUUCGAUUUUCCGGCGAGAAACUGCGUCGUCGCACUCGCAUAAUCAUUGACUGGAUCGAUGAAUUUUCCCAUCGAGGUAAGGGUCUCUUGAAUUCUUGCUUUGGUAUGCGGAAUCUGUGGCAUUCGGAUUGUUUUUGCUUCAGAUCUGGGCUUUAGGGUUUGGUAAUUUGGGGGGUUUUUGGUAGAUGGAACCGGGCAUGAGAUCAGGUAAUUCUGGGGCUGUGGUGAAGAAUAGAAACUCCUCUGGUUGUUUAAUUGUUCGAAAGAAAGGGGAUGGGUUGGGUGGUGCUGCUGCUGCCACUGCUGCUGGGGUUGGUUCUUCCAACUCUCGGAAGCUCUAUGAAUCCAUGAAAAGGCCUAACAUCAACAACGUGCCCUUUACUGAUUCUGAAUCAAGCGAUGAGUUGUCAUUGCCGAUGCCGAAGCGCCAUGUUAGAAGGCUUGGCCCUGAGACUAUUAGGGUCGGUAAUAGUGGUAUGAUAGGUAGGAGUGAAGUUAUUAGCAAGAGGGGUAGAAUGGAACAACAAGUUAGGGGCAAUGGGGAAGGUAUGAUUGCGGAGGAUGGCUUGGACUGGAGGGAGAGGAAACGUGGUAGAUUGGAUAUGAAUGUGAGUGAUUACGGUGAACAUGAAGGUAUGGAUGUGGAGAAAAUGAGAAGGAGGCGUUAUGAGGAUAGUGGAGUUGGUUUCGCAGGAGGAAGGUUUAUGCCGCAUUCUGCUAGAGGUGGUGUUGACAGGGAGUUUGAAACUGGGUCAAGCAGACACAUAGCUGAUAUGAGAAGGAGCUUGUAUUAUGACAGACCGAGUCCGAGCGGCGUAUAUCCGGGGGAUAAUGUUGAUCACAAUAGGUUUCAGAUGAACCGGGAUGGAACUCAUCUGCCUCAACCCUUGAUGAGGGAGAGGUUUAAUUCAGAUAAACCCAUUCGGAUUCAGGGGAAAAAUGGUGUUUUGAAGGUAAUGGUUAAUAGGAAGAAGGUGGGUAUGCCAUUAGAACACUAUGAUAUUCGCAAACCAGUGGAUAGCAAUCAAAGGUUUGAUCUUAGCAGACCAGUGGACAGCAAGCAAAGGUUGAAGACUGAAGGGACUCCGAGGAGGAAUGUUCUGAGUCAUCCUUCGUCAUACUCGGAGGCAAAACCUGUUGAGAAACCAGCAUUACUUGGCAGGCCUGAGAAGAAACAGAUAGCAUCAAGAAAAUCAUUAUCAAUUAAGGACACUAAGCAUGAUCGGUGGGAUUCAGAUAACAGUGACAGAUCGUUGAAUCCAGGAAUGGUAAAUGCUGAAGCUCACAGGCCUGCAAAGAGGAUAAUCUCUGAGAUUGAGCAGACUCCUGUGCAUGAAAAUGUCCCAACUACAACAACAAAAGACGGAAAAAUCAAGCGUGGUAGUGGCACGGAAAAACAGAAACUGCGAGAAAAAAUAAGGGAGAUGCUGCUGAAUGCAGGUUGGACCAUAGACUAUCGACCUCGAAGAAAUAGGGACUAUCUGGAUGCAGUUUACAUUAAUUCAUCAGGUACUGCCUAUUGGUCUAUCAUCAAGGCCUAUGAGGCACUUCUAAAGCAAACUGGUGAUGGUGUUAAUGAGGCCAAGCCCACAGGGGAUAGUUCUUCUUUUGCUCCUAUUGCAGAUGACGUGCUUAGUCAGUUGACAAGGAAAACUAGGAAGAAAAUGGAGAAAGAAUUAAAGAUGAAGAAAAAGAAAAAAUAUGAUUGUAAAAGUGAUGGUGAAAAAGAGCCUCACAUAAGAAGAUCCACCAGCAAGAAGCAUGAUAUGAACAGCAUGGAUAGUGAUAGCAAUGAGGAGAAAUUAAGCUCCUUUAUAAAGCAGCAGCAGGGAAGUAAGUCAAUGAAAAAUAAAUUGAUUGAAAAUACCAUUGUCAGUGCUAGCUCUAAAAGCCAGAACGCAACUGAUCACUCAAACGAUGGGAUGGAAAAACCAUUGGCUGGAUGUAGUCCUCAUCUUCUAAAUGGACAACAGAGUAGAAAAGAUGGAAGAUGUGCCUUGUUAGCUCGUAGUUCUAACGAGGGAUUAAAUUCAGAAUCUGAUGGAUUUAUCCCAUAUACGGGUAAACGGACAGUGCUUUCCUGGUUGAUUGACUCCGGGACUGUAGAGUUAAGAAAAAAGGUUCAAUACCGGAGACGGAAAAAAGUGCUGCUGGAGGGGUGGAUCACAAGAGACGGCAUUCAUUGUGGCUGCUGUAGUAAGAUCCUCACAGUUUCAAAGUUUGAGCUUCAUGCAGGAAGCAAAUUGCGGCAGCCAUAUCAAAAUAUAUUUUUGGAAUCUGGAGUUUCUCUUUUACAAUGCCAGAUAGAUGCAUGGAAUAAGCAAGACAAUUCUGGGAAAAUUGGUUUCAAUUCAGUGAAUACCAAUGGUGAUGAUUCAGAUGAUGAUACUUGUGGAAAAUGUGGAGAUGGAGGUGAUUUAAUCUGCUGUGAUGGCUGUCCAUCAACAUUUCAUCAGAGCUGCCUGGAUAUACAGAUGCUUCCUCCAGGUGAAUGGCAUUGUCCAAAUUGUACCUGUAAAUUUUGUGGAAUUUCCUCUGGAGCUUCGAAAAAAGAAGUUGAUACACCUGUGCAUGUUCUAAAUACGUGCAGCUUGUGUGAGAAAAAAUACCAUUCCUCUUGUACUACGGAGAUGGAUGUCCUUCCUGAUAACUUCAAUACAUCCGGCCUUUCUUUCUGUGGGAAAGAGUGCAAAGAGCUUUUUGAGCACUUGAAGAAGUUCCUUGGUACCAAGCAUGAACUAGAAGCAGGCUUUUCCUGGUCUCUUAUUCAUAGAACGGAUGGAGACUCAGAUGUGGGUAUUACGGGAAUAACCCAAAGGGUGGAAUGCAAUUCCAAGCUAGCUAUUGCACUGACUGUGAUGGACGAAUGCUUUUUACCUGUUAUUGAUCGAAGGAGUGGGAUCAAUUUAAUCCACAACGUUUUAUAUAAUAGUGGAUCAAACUUCAGUCGGUUGAAUUAUCGUGGAUUUUACACUGCUAUUUUGGAGCGUGGGGAUGAAAUCAUUUCUGCAGCAUCUAUCAGGUUCCAUGGAACUAAGUUAGCAGAGAUGCCAUUUAUUGGGACUCGCCAAAUGUAUAGGCGCCAGGGGAUGUGCCGCCGGCUUUUUUCUGCAAUUGAAUUGGUUCUUUGCUCUUUGAAGGUUGAAAAACUGGUUGUUCCAGCAAUUACUGAAUUCCUGCAUACAUGGACUACAGUUUUUGGCUUCACACAUCUGGAGGAGUCACUCAGGAAAGAAAUUAAGUCAUUGAAUAUGUUGGUCUUCCCUGGUAUAGAUAUGUUACAGAAGCUGUUAGUGGAGCAGGGAAAAUAUGAGAGGAAUACAACAGCAGCAGGUUUGGAGAAAAUGAGAAAUGAAGACGAUGUUUUUAUCAAGACCAAAAUGUCAAACAAGUCAGAUAUGGAUUCCUUAGCUCUUGAUGAUCCUCAUGGAAGUGAUGAUGCUAGUUCAGAUCCCGACGAUGAGAUGGAUGAUGAAUACAGUGAUGCUUCUCUAGAACUAAAUAACCAGGUUCCGGUUGACAGAACUUUGUAUCCCAAAUCUCAUUCUGAGGAAAGGUUAUCUGAUUCAGUCUCAGAUAAAUGUGUUUCUCCCAAGACCAGUGAUGGUGCGCCUGAAAUGAAAAACAAAGUAGUGAUGGCUCCUUCUGUACAUGAUCUGAAUCCUUCUUCCAAAUAUCAAUCCAAAUCUCAUUCUGAGGAAAGGUUAUCUCAUUCAGUUUCAGAUAAAUGUGUUUCUCCCAAGACCAGUGAUGGUGCACCUGAAAUGAAAAACAAAAUAGUGAUGCCUCCUUCUGUACAUGAUCUGAAUCCUUCUUCCAAAUCUCAUUCUGAAGAAAGGUUAUCUGAUUCAGUUUCAGAUAAAUGUGUUUCUCCUAAGACCACUGAUGGUGCGCCAGAAAUGAAAAACCAAAUCGUGUUGACUCAUUCUGCUCAUAAACUGAAUCCUUCUUCUUCCAAAUGUCAAUCCAAAUCUCAUUCUGAAGAAAGGUUAUCUGAUUCAGUUUCAGAUAAAUGUGUUUCUCCCAAGACCAGUGAUGGUGGGCCAGAAAUGAAAAAGCAAAUAGUGUUGGCUCCUUCUGUUCAUAAACUGAAUCCUUCUUCUUCCAAAUGUCAAUCCAAUUCUCAUUCUGAAGAAAGGUUAUCUGAUUCGGUUUCAGAUAAAUGUGUUUCUCCUAAGUUCAGUGAUGGUGUGCCAGAAAUGAAAAACCAAAUAGUGAUGGCUCCUUCUGCUCAUAAACUGAAUUCUCUUUCUUCCAAAUCUCAUUCUGAAGAAAGGUCAUCUGAUUCAGUUUCAAAUAAAUGUGUUUCUCCUGACACCAGUGAUGGUAUACCAGAAAUGAAAAACCAAAUAGUGAGGGCUCCUUCUGUUCAUAAACUGAAUCCUUCUUCUUCCAAAUCUCAUUCUGAAGAGAGGUCGUCUGAUUCAGUUUCAGAUAAACGUGUUUCUCCUAAGACCAGUGAUGGUGCACCAGAAAUGAAAAAACAAAUAGUGAUGGCUCCUUCUGUUCAUGCACUGAAUCCUUCUUCUUCCAAAUCUCAUUCUGAAGAGAGGUCGUCUGAUUCAGUUUCAGAUAAAUGUGUUUCUCCUGAGACCAGUGAUGGUGCACCAGAAAUGAAUAACCAAAUAGUGAUGGCUCCUUCUGUUCAUGCACUGAAUCCUUGUUCUUCCAAAUCUCAUUCUGAAGAGAGGUCGUCUGAUUCAGUUUCAGAUAAAUGUGUUUCUCCUAAGACCAGUGAUGGUGCACCAGAAAUGAAAAACCAAAUAGUGAUGGCUCCUUCUGUUCAUGCACUGAAUCCUUCUUCUUCCAAAUGUCAGUCCAUUUCUCUGAAUGACACUUCUGUGAGCAGUCAACCAUUGGAUGUUCCCAAAUGCCAUGAAGUUCAAGCUUUGACUCAGGAAACUGCUUGUUCUGAUCCAUGUUCAUUGGAAGUCCGGGACAGUAAAUGUCACUCAUUCACUGGUAUGAAUUGUGAUUCGUCAGAGCUCGACAUAAAUCGAGCGUUGGAUUCUCAAGUGGCAGACGAUAAUCAUGCUUCUAAAGAUGUUAAUAUGACUGAUGCCAAUGAGGUUCUUGAAGCUGUUCCUUCAGGGAAUUGAUCUGAAGAGAAUAGUACCAAGGAGAACACUCAUAAUGUAGAUUCCUACUAUUCUGAUCUCAAUCGUGUAGAUGACAGUUUGUUGCAAUUAAGAUCUUAUUUCAACUGUCCGCAGUUGGAAAGUUGAACACAGGAGUUGGUGAAAUUAAUUUGAUGAGAAUGGUGUUAGUGCUUCCUGUGUUUAUUCCAAGACUGAUCCAGUCUGACAGAAUGUUCCAGUCUGCGUUAUUGCUGAUGAUGCCCUCAAUAGUUCUCUUUCCAGAACUUCAAUGCCUUGUUUACAAACCAAUUUUCAAGGCUUUGGUGCUUGUGUUUCAUGCUUUGAUCUGGAUUGUAGGAAUAAAUUCUAUUGAUUUCAAGGGAAAUAUUGUUUGCUCCCUUGUGUUAUCAAUUAGUGUAAAAUUUUCAAGGUUCUAUGUAGUUAACUUCAUUUUAUGUGAAUGUUUCUUCUGUCUUGAAGAUAUAAUGGCAUCCAACACUAGAUCAUGUAACUAAGAGUCAGUCUGCUGAUGCAUCCUUUGAGUUACUUUAUGUGGUUUUGCACCUCUUUAUAUUUGAAUCAGGUAGAGUGGGUUUUGUUUCA